AUGGCCAUUUUAACCUGCCGUGAUCGUAAAAGUAAUAAUAAUAAUUGGGUUACUGUUCAUUUUUUAAUCGAAAUACCGCCCAAAAUAAAAACUGAAAACGUGACCGAGCAUACAUAUGUAGAGCAAUAUAAGAAAAAGAGAAGAAGAAAAAGCAGAUGA